GUUCCGAAAGCGCUCACGUGACCGCUUUUUUUUAUAAAAACGCCUCUGACACCCUGCGGUUUAUUUAUUUUCUGAAAACGUCUAUAAAAAUUAUUCCCUUUUUAAAUUCUCGAAACACGACGACAACAAUUGUAAGAGUGAAAGGGGGGUGGGGUGUAUGUGCGGCUGUUAGUGCGAGCGAUCCCUUGCCUUCAGGGUGCGGGAGCAUCGGGGCCCGGCGAGAUCGACCCGCCUCGAGUCUUUGUUCGGGAGAUUCCGGUGAGACUACUUCACUCUUCCCCUUCCCUUUCGCCUUCUCCCCGACCGGUUGAAUGAGGCGGGGGAGCGAGUGGUAGCGGUCGGGCUGCGGCCGCGGGCGCCGGGCCUGCCGGUUGCCUGGGUAACCGGCUCCCCUCCCCCCGCCUGCGUGCUGGUCCCGGCGCGCCUGUCAAUCAAGCCGCUGGGUCGAGCGCUUCCUCCUCUCUCUGUGCCGGGGGGUGGAGGGGGGAAGCGGUCUGAACGAGCUCGUCUGCGGCGACAGGAGGUGUACGAGGACGCCGGCGGGCACAGGAAGCAUGGGCGCUUAUCUCUCUCAACCCAACACGGUGAAGAGCUCCUGCGAGCGAUCCACCGACAAAUUCGGCUUCGGCGUCUCGGCCAUGCAAGGCUGGAGGGUUUCCAUGGAGGAUGCCCAUAACUGUAUACCAGAGUUGGAUAAUGAAACUGCUAUGUUUGCAGUCUAUGAUGGACAUGGAGGUGAAGAGGUGGCGUUAUACUGUGCAAAGUAUCUGCCAGAUGUUAUUAAGGAGCAGCAGGCUUACAGGAAUGGAAAAUUGCAGAAGGCAUUGGAGGAUGCCUUUCUAUGCAUAGACAGCAAGCUGACAGAAGAAGUGGUUAUCAAAGAGCUUGCCCAACUUGCAGGCCGGUCUCGGGAGGAUGAUGGCGAGAAAGUUGCUGAUGAAGAUGAUGUUGAUCAUGAGGAGACUGCACUUUUGCAUGAAGAGGCAACAAUGACAAUUGAAGAAUUGCUCACCCGAUAUGGACAAAACCAGAACAGUACCAAACCUGUGAAAAGCAAAACUUCACCUGCUAUCAAGAAACCGCUGUCCAAGGUUGGGGAUAAAAACAAAACUGAGAGGGAAAUGAAUGGCGAGCUCGAGAGCAGUGAAACCAACACAGAUGAAACAGAGAGCAACAAUGGGAAAUCAGAAGCAGCAGCGGGAAUCUCUUCCAGUUCUGAUUGUGGGGGCGAGGAAGCUGAGUUGGGGAAUGGGAGCAGCACUGGGUCCAGUUCAGAUAAACAACUUGCCAAGGCUGACAAGUGUUCUGAAGAGGCUGUUGUGUCAUCGUCCACAGCUGAUGCGGGGCCAUCCUGCUCCUCCUCUGAUAAAUCUCAGCGAGUGGCCAAGUCAAUGUUCUUUGAAGACAGUGAGGAUGAAUCUGAAGAAGCAGAAGAGGAAGAAGAUAGUGAAGAGGACUGCAGUGAGGAGGAGGAGGAGGAGGAGGAAUACAGCAGUGAAGGAGGCGAAGAGGAAGAGGAGGAUGAAGAGGAUCAAGAAGAUAGUGAUGCAGAAGAGGAAGAUGAUGUUGUGUUGCCUGGAAUGGAUGGUAAAGAGGAGCCUGGCUCAGACAGUGGGACAACGGCUGUUGUGGCCCUGAUCCGUGGGAAGCAGCUGAUCGUAGCCAAUGCUGGUGAUUCCCGCUGUGUUGUUUCAGAGUGUGGCAAGGCUAUUGAUAUGUCCUAUGACCACAAACCAGAAGAUGAAGUGGAGCUGGCCAGGAUUAAAAAUGCUGGUGGAAAAGUUACUUUGGAUGGAAGAGUAAAUGGAGGGUUAAAUCUCUCUCGGGCCAUAGGUGAUCACUUUUACAAGAGGAAUAAGAAUCUCCCUCCAGAAGAGCAGAUGAUUUCAGCACUGCCUGAUCUCAAGUCACUGACGUUAAAUGAUGACCAUGACUUCAUGGUGAUUGCCUGUGAUGGAAUAUGGAAUGUAAUGAGCAGUCAAGAGGUUGUGGAUUUCAUCAGUGAACGCAUCAACAAGCGAGAUGAGAAUGGAGACUUGAGGAUGCUGUCUUCCAUAUCUGAAGAGCUGCUGGAUCACUGUUUGGCACCCGACACGUCUGGAGAUGGAACUGGAUGUGACAACAUGACUUGUAUUAUCAUCACUUUUAAACCGCGGCCUGUGAAAAGCCAGGUUGACUGCGGCAAGCGGAAACGCUGUGACUUGACAGACGAUGAGAAAGAAAAUGGGAAAAAGGCAAAAAGUGAAUAACUUGAAGGGAUUGGGAAUCAACCGAGACCCAGCAUCAUUGUGUAAUUAAAGAACUUGAUAUCUUUUUUAAAAAAAUAUAGCAAGCAAUUGCUGAAAAUUGUAUAAAAUAAAUCUGCAGUAUUGUACAAUGUAGCCUUAGUUUGCCACCCUAGAUUACUGUGUGUCUGAAGCACAUGCCCUUAAGCAGCAGUCAGUCCAGGGGUCCUACAUUGUUACUCACACCCUGUCAGAGACAAAAACAAGUGAAUGUUUGAGUUUUUCAUUGUGGGUUUGGGGAGGUGUGAAAGUUUGAGAAUAAAUGGGAUCCACUCCUUUUUCAUGGAAUUUUUGAUACAGGAAAUGCAUCAAUUCACUCCACAAAAAUACUAAAUGCUUCAGAAGUCAUACUGAAUGAUUUUUCAAUGCAAAUGUCUGAAAUGAAAACUCAUUUUUUUAAAAAUAAGAAAGGGGGUGAGAUGGUUAAAUUGAGUUUAUUUCUAAAGUCAACAGUUCAUUGAAAUGCUGUCUGUCAAUGCUUGAAAGUGGAGAAACAAUGCAUAGUUGAUGUUUUGUGCUGCCAAUUCGUCUUUUGUGUUGAAGAUGAGAAUGGGGAGGAUGAUGUGGAGAAAAAUAUCUUUAGAAUUUUUCAAUAUUUCAAUUUUUAAAAGAUCAGGAGAACAUUAGUAUUUUGACAGUGUAUGAAAUUGUAAUCGUAAAGGCAGUGUUAGAUCUGAAAAUGGUUUCAGCUUACUUUCACUUCCUUUGUUAAACUGCUUCUACUCAUUUAAUGUCAAAUGCAUCAUCGACUUCUGAAAGGUAUGAAGUCAUUGGUAUUAUCUGAAGCGACACAGAUACUAUACCUGAAAGGAACUUUCAACCAGUUUUAUAUAUUAAAAGAAAACAGAAUUUUUAAUUUUUUUAAAGGCUGUUUUUUUCAGUUGCAUUUGCUCUAUUAUACGAUCGGAGUACUGUUAUCUGAGAACCUUGAUAAUCAGCGUUGCUGUUUAGUUUCCAGAUAAUUUGGUCCACAGUUAAUCAAUUUAAAUACUGAUUGCAUUGUUAAUGCAGGAUUGAUUCUCCUUGUUGCUUUGAGAUCCAUUUUCAAUCAAAUAUUCACCUUGUUUUUAAAAUCACAAAGGUAAGGGCUAAUUUUUUUUCUCAAUUAAGAAUCAUGGAUUUGCAUCCUUGCUUCACCUUGAUAUUGAUGUUUGGUUAGGACGAGAAGCAAAAGGACAUGUUCAGCAAGUCGGGCAGCGCAAUGGAGAAGGGAAAACAGCCAGCAUUUUGGGCUGGCUCCUAAACGAUCUUUAACCUGGAACUUUUAUGUUUAUCAUUCUACAGAUGAUUCCCGUGUGUGUGUUUUUUUUUUAACAACUACAGCAUUCUGUUUCCAGCUCGUACUUCCACCAUCUACAUUUUUUUUUGGUUUGCUUCUGUGAUGGCAGAGGGGUAGAUUGAUGUGGCUAUUCAUCAUGACCAUUCCUGACAAUUUUUUUUCUUUUCUGGACCAUUAGGUGUCAUGUACCAUUGAAUAAGCCAUCCAUCAUAUCAAAUUGAUUUAGUUAACACACCCCUUUUUUAAAUAGAAAAGCUGGUAUUAGCAUACACUGUGGAUUCCAGUUAAUGGGAUGCAUCAGGACCCGGUACGUUUCUGCCCAAUUAAGUGGCUACCCCAAUUAUCUGAAGUUUCUUGAAAAUAGUUCAAAAGAUACAUAUUUUAAAAAAAGGCAAACUACCAUCUAAUUGGGUAACAAAUAUGUUUAAAUGAAACACAGAACAAAUUGUAACACUAUCAAUAUUAUUACAGUAUGAUAAAACUAUUAGUUCGUAAUGGUUACUGACGGAAGAAUUCAUCAGGUGUAUGCUGGCGUGUUCCUUUAACUAUAAAUGAACAAAAUCAUGCAGACACCUAGUGCAGUUAAUGGACUGCCUUCAUAGCUUUCCUGCAUGAAGUAAUGUCAUAAUCUAAUAAUAUAAAUUUCAUGACAUUCUAUGUAGUCACCAGCUCAGGUUCAGUGGUGUUGUCCUUAACAUUUUCCUCUUCUUCAUAUUCCCUGCCUUUGUACUUUGAUGCACUGCUUUUCAACAAUUGCAUCCCCCAAAGCUUCAUUUUCGUUGUAACAUUCAAGAUGAAUGUUGAUGCCUUCAAAUUCUCCAGAGUUCCCAACUUGUUGAAGUAGUGAAAUUGAUUCAAUUUCAUUCCAAGCUGUUUCCAGCAUAUCUAAGCCUGAAUGCUUUUUGAAACUGUAGUGAGCAAAACAGUUCUGAAUUGUCUUGCUGUUUACUUCUUUCGAACUAUCACUGACGAACUGUACUGCCUGUAAAAGGUUAACCCUUGCACUCACUACUUUGCCUGUUGAAGAUGUCAGAUUUUUUUUCAAUUGCUUAAAGAAUGUCUUAACUUUCUGUGAUAAAACGUAUUUAAAUUUUUUUGAUUUCCAUAUUCAUUGGCUGCACCAAGGAUAUUGUACUGGAAGACAAAAAUUCCAGUGGAAGCAUUGACAAUUCUCAUUCUACAUUGGGGUGUAUUACACAAUUAUCAACAAUUUUGCUUGAUUUCCGCUGUACAUUUUAUUUCAACUCGCCAGCUAUUUUUUAAAAUUUCAAAGUCACCCAUGCAUUCCUAUUAGCAUAGUAUUCAAUUGUAAAUUAUCCAUUUUUAGCCCCUAAAGUAUCGAGGUUUAACACAAUAACCAUCAAUUUCUUUUUUCAGUUCCUGACAUACUUGAACAACACACCAGUUAAGUGAUCCAUUGCUUCCUUUGAACCUGGUAAUGUGUGUUUGUAGCAAAGGGAUCAGUCUAGUAUGGCAAAAUAAAAAUAAGCCUUUUUUUAAAAUUGGCAUUGUAGAUAUCAUCUGUACAAAAUUUUUAAAUCAAGUUGGGGAAUUUUGCAGAUUUUCAUGUUUCUGCACUUGUAGCAUCAGCAUUACCGUUUUUGCCAUCUGCUAUCUUGAAUCUAAUGUGCCUACAUUUCCAUUAAACAACAAACUAUCUGUUGCUUUAAAAUCUUCAUGACCCAGCUUCUUAGCUAGCUCCUCUGACUUGUUUUUGUUUCAACACACAACCAUUGGUUGAGGGCCUCUUCAACAUCUGGAUCAACUUCAUGCUUUUAUUUUUGGAUAUUCUGUGUUGUCCCUUGUAUGCUUCUCACAGUUUAUCUUGCUGAUGUAUCAAGCUUGCAAUUAUAGAUUUUGGCAGUCAGUUAUCUUUACCAGCUGAUGAUGAGUGGUGUUAGGCAGAUGGCUUUUAAUUUGGUCCAGUAAGGUAAUUUUUUUUCAGCUAGAGUCAAAUCUUUUUGUGGCAUCUUGGCAAGGGUCUCUGUUUUUUUAAAAAAAAAAUUAACUUAAAAAAAAAACAAGUUAUCAAAAAUCAAUGCUUUUUGGGUCGGCAUCUGUUGACCCAAAUGGAUAGAUAGCACAAAUAUGCGCAAUUGUUUGCAUUAAGCCAAUGUAGUGUCUAAUGGCCACCCAAGUGUAUGUGACUAACCGUCUCCUGCCCCAAUUAAGCAACAGUGCCACAAAUAAAUUAAGGGAAUCCCAGCAAUUUUCUUGACUCGUUUUUGUUCUUUGAGUUGUCCCAUAUAAACACAGGCUUGAUUAUCUGAUGGCCCAGAUCAACCAGAAUCCACUAUUAAUGGUAAUAUUGCAGCAGUCUCUUUCAAGUGCCAGUUUUCAUGCAAAUAUAUUCUGUUUUGGCCAAGUAAAGCACUCUGACUGAUGAUCAUCGAUUUUUUUUUUUAGUGCUUUUAGGAAAUGUAUCUGCAUAGAUUCUGUUUAUUGAGCUGAAUAGGUUGCAUUAAACCCUUGGAAACCCUCCUGUCUCCAAAUCAGUAGGUUGAGGGUUGAGGCCCCGCUCCAGCCACAUGGUUGACACUUGGGUCAGGGCGUAUUUCAGUGUUGCUUGCAUCUGUCUGCCUUCCUAAUGUGUUACUUGAAACAUUGGAGGAUUUUCUGGGGGAAGCUUUAAUCUCAGCAGUGUCUAGCCCCAAUCAUCUCCUUUUGGUUCUGUUGGACCUUUGUUGUGAAUGAUUGGCUGUUGCAGUUCUCUAUAUUUCAAUAAUCAAAGCCUGACUGACUGGCAAUAUAAGGUGCUAUAUAAAUGACAAUUCUUUCCUAUUAACAAACAUCUGAUGUGAAGCCUUGGCCCAAUUAUUUCUGUCUAACUGUUGUCAGAGUUGUGAACUUUUAUUAUCAUUAUAAAUGGUUGGAUAUUUUUGAGGUCUGGGAUUUUUUCUCUCUUUAGAAAACUGUGAUAUUUACAUUGAUUAACCCUGCUCAGCAUGAACUCUUGAUUUUAUAAUUUUAACCACGGCACCUUGUGGAUUUGAGCAGUGUAAGAAACAUAAUCCUCAUUUUUUUGUCGUCUUUACACCUUUUAUCUUCAAAUUUGCUUCAAAAUGUUAAAUUGGAACUGAAAUCUGAUAACAUCAAAUACAAACUUUGGAAGGUUUUUUUUGUAAAUAAAAACAUACUUGUCAUCUUGGCAGGACA